GGGGGGGGGGGAGCGGCGACAAGUGCCAUACAGAGCAGGCCGUGACACCACCUGCGUCUCUUUGCCCUGAACCAAGACGUGGACGGACAUGCAGUCCCGCUGAAGGAAAAGCGACACCAAGGAGGACGCGCCACCCACGUAGUCGCCCCCACGAACUCCGUCGAAUCCUGUUAAUGGUAGCAGCGGGGGGGGGUCUACGGCUACUUGUCAACGGGGAGGCGGCCUGGGCACCGCUUCCCCAGAGGCUACACCCGCAAGUACGCCUGGCGUCGCAACUAAGCGAGUGGCGGGAUCCGGCGCGCGUGGCCGAGAUCCGGGAAGCCGUACAGGAUCCGGUAGGAAACGCAGAAAGAGACGGACGCUGGGGCAGAGGCGGCAAGCCGUCUUUGAGGGGAGGAUGGCAGACGAGGAGUACAGUGAGCAGCAAAAGGAGGCGAGGCAACAGGCUAAGGUCCGCAGAGAGCGAGAGAUUGCCGAAGCUGAACGUGAGAAGUUGGAGUCUGGAGGCAAGCGGACAGUUGAAUUCCGGCGUCGAAGUUGCGGUGGAAAGCUUAGAACAGCUGGCUCUCGCUCCGUCAAGCGGAGUGCAGCGCGAAGACAGUCUGAUCCUGGAGUUAGGAAUACUCAGAUCGGAGCCGAGAAAAAAACACGCAAGAAACCUUGUAGGCGUGCGGAGUGCGGUUGGUUCACAAACAACCCGGGUCUCGAAUGCAGCAUGUGCCCCUCAGGCGUAGUGCACGCCGUCAGUGACAAGCUAUGCUCCGCAUGCCAUAGGUCGGAGGGCUUAGCUGGCUUCACGCACCUCAGAGGGCCACGGCUUGAACGAGCGACACGGUUGUUUUUGGCCGAGUACCAAGAAGGAGAGGGGGAGCUGCCUCUACCUCUCGUGCGAGGAUUUUGUCCCAGCAACGACUGCAUUUGCCAACGCCGAGAUUGUUUCUACGGUUUUCUUCUCGAGAGGGAAGCAAAGCCGGAGCUCCGAACAUGUAGCGUGUGCAAGAGAGGGUACCCUGUGAAGGACCAGAAGAGGUGGUACAGUGUGGACGUCGUGGACGAUAACAUAACGGAGGGUGGUGGAUCAGGACGCACACAAGCUUGGUACUGCCAGGCCUGCAAUCAAGCUCGAAUCCGGGCCAUCGGAGAAGCUACUCAAAAAAAGGUUGCGGCAUCGAGCAACUCGGGCCGACCUAAAGCCGAUGAACCGGCGCCGGAGAAGCCGUUCAGCCGGGUGCGCGCGUUGGUGAUUAAAGCCGUAGCUCGCGGGGACAUCCUUUACUGGGAGGAUGUGUUCGACUGGCUCUCAGCUGAGCGCGCAAAGGAUGGUGACCAAGAACUUGAGCGUAGGAGCGGGCGGAAGGCCGUGCGCCAGAUGUUCGAGAGCAUCGCGAGCGCUGAUGGGAGCCAAGCGCGGGUGGUCAGCAGCGAGGGGGGCUUUGGAGACGGGCGCCAACGACUACUGUGUCUCUUCCCGGUCAACGCUCGGGACGAGGUUAUCGCAUCCCUCGCCCUACGGGCGCGCCUGGCGAACACGUUCGAUGGUCCGAGCACGCCCGCAAACGCCACGUCCGGUGGAAAUACGUCCCUGCAGAUAGUGAGGCGUCUUCUCGAAGAAGCGAAAGAGGCAGACGCGAGGAUGGAGAUCGUGCGUGCGGCGGCGGAAAUUGUUCGGGCCGAUGUCGAUCAGCAUCCAGAUCUCAAGAAUGCCCGCAUCCGACGGCAAAAGCACAAGUUCUGCGUGGAGUUGGCCGCACCCGUGAAACCAGUGCGAGAUGCCCUAGCUGAGAUGCCCCCGACAUUGGUUGGACUCUUUCAAGACGGUCCAACGCCAAGCGCAGCGGGGAGUGUACGGCGAGAGGAUGAUGGGAGCGAUGGAGCCGACGCGCUUGAAAGAGCCGCCUGUGAGCGGCAAGCCCCCACUCGCGAUGCCACCCGGGCAGAAGAGGUGGAUUCUGCUGGGCCGACUUCCGAGGAAGCUGCCACUUUCAUCGAAAAAACCAACCAGGAUAGGCGAGGCUUCGCACGGCGUUUGUACAUGCUUUGCAAGUGCACGGUGAAGGCGAUUUUUGCUGGUCGACACUUGACGGCGGCCAUGGUCGACUACGUGGACGUCAUCCGAGUGGCCAUCGUCAAGCUUGGCAAGAAGUGGACGACAGACACCUGCCCGACUUAUAGGUCGAUGCGCGAGCAAUGCCUGCGGAUGAAGUCUGUCGACGGGUACUGGCAAGAUGGAUUCAAAGACCACAUGCCAGAACGAGACUUCAACGGAAAGGGUUGGGGUAUCAACCCCAAGGCGAAGGGCAGCAACGCGUCAGCACUCACAGGAGAGAAUUGCGUUAUGUGGAUGUCGGAGCAUUCUUAGAUCGGUCCCGAUGGGAAGAUGGUCACGAUGACGUGCGGUUGCGACCCGGUGAAGGCCUUAAAGCAUAACUGUAGGGGGUGCGGGUGCAAAGGGCGCAAGUGCUCCCUCGCUUGCGGCUGCAGGGGCCGUUGCCAUUUGGCUCGCAAGUCUGUACCCGGUGCACCGACCGGACAGGCCACGUACUCCGGUCCUGCCAGUGCUGCACACUCCGCAGUCGUUGCCAGCGCCAUGACGGCUCUUCUGGCGUCCCGGAACGCUAGAACGGACGAGGAAGAGGAAGACCCGGACGAUCCCGGUUCGGACGAUGACGACACCGGCCGUU